GUUUGCAGAGAAAACAAUGACGACACGGUGCAUGGCUUGAACGAAAUAAACCGUAUCAGCCAUGCGGGAGCUGUGGGACGUGGUUCUUGGUGAACUUCCUGCUCACACAGGGCUGUACUGCCCUUCAGUGAAAGAAAAGGAAGGUGGAAAUUACCACUCGCAUAGGGGUUUUAGGGGAACCGAGUCCCAGUGAAACCUCACACUGACAGCGUUUCUUCUUAUGAACACCAUUAUCUAUCACUCCACCGCCGAGAUAUUAAUAUGACUAAGUGCCUGGCACCGGGUGAACCACUAGAGGAGGCGAAGUCCUCUGCUGAGGCUGCAGUCUGCGAGAAGCCGCGGUUUUAACAGAGCUCGCAGUGGGAGCGCUGGUGUGGACUGGGAGUGGUGGGACGGCCAGGAGAAACCCCGCAGGACUCGCACGCAAAUACUGUAGGUUGCCCACUGUCAAGACAGACGCCAGUCACCGACAGUCUGGGCUGACACACUCACGGCGGAGGGACUGAACCAAAAAUAUCCACUAGACUCUCGGGGCGAUAAGAGCUCAGUCCAAGAAGAGAGACUACCUCGCCGUUUUUGACCUCGGCUGUUUUUAAGGUGGUGGCUAGUGACGGGGUGCGGGCUAUGAUGGAGUCGGCCCUGACAGCCAGAGACCGGGUGGGUGUGCAGGACUUUGUCCUGCUGGAGAACUACACCAGCGAGGCCUCCUUCAUAGAGAACCUGCGCAAGCGCUUCAAAGAGAACCUUAUCUAUACUUACAUUGGUUCAGUGCUGGUGUCAGUUAACCCAUACAAAGACCUGGAGAUCUACACUAAGAACCACAUGGAGCGAUACCGUGGGGUCAACUUCUAUGAGGUCUCACCACAUAUCUAUGCAGUGGCAGACAACUCGUACCGUUCCAUGAGGACGGAGAGGAAGGACCAGUGCAUCCUGAUCUCUGGGGAGAGUGGAGCCGGGAAGACUGAGGCGUCCAAGAAGAUCCUGCAGUACUAUGCUGUCACCUGUCCAGCCAGCGAGCAGGUGCAGACCAUCAAAGACCGCCUGCUGCAGUCCAACCCUGUGCUGGAGGCCUUUGGCAAUGCCAAGACGUUGCGUAACGACAACUCAAGCCGCUUUGGCAAGUACAUGGAUAUUCAGUUUGACUUCAAGGGUGCCCCCGUGGGAGGUCACAUCAUCAACUACCUGCUGGAGAAGUCCCGUGUGGUCCACCAGAACCACGGAGAGAGAAACUUUCACAUUUUCUAUCAGCUGAUCGAAGGAGGGGAAGAAGACCUGCUGAGACGCCUGGGCCUGGAGAGGAACCCUCAGCAGUACCAGUACCUAGUCAAAGGUAACUGUCCCAAAGUGAGUUCCAUCAAUGAUCGCAGUGAUUGGAAGGUGGUGAGGAAAGCCUUGAGUGUGAUUGGCUUCAGCGAGGACGAGGUGGAGGAGUUGUUGAACAUAAUUGCCAGCGUGCUCCACCUGGGCAAUGUGCAGUACGGCGGGGAGGAGGGCAAUGCCUGCAUCAUUUCUGACACACAGAUAAAGUACCUGGCCAGGUUGUUAGGAGUGAAUGGAGCAGUGCUGACGGAGGCACUCACACACAAGAAAAUAAUUGCCAAGGGAGAGGAGCUGAUGAGCCCGCUGAAUCUAGAGCAGGCAUCGUCAGCUCGGGAUGCUUUGUCCAAGGCAGUGUAUGGACGCACCUUCACCUGGCUGGUUAAUAAGAUCAACGCUUCACUGGCAUACAUGGAUGAUUCCUACAAGAAUUACUCUGUCAUUGGCCUGCUGGACAUCUAUGGCUUUGAGGUCUUCCAGCACAACAGCUUUGAGCAGUUCUGCAUCAACUACUGUAACGAGAAGCUGCAGCAGCUCUUCAUUGAGCUCACCCUUAAGUCCGAGCAGGAGGAGUACGAGGCUGAAGGCAUCACGUGGGAGCCGGUGCAGUACUUCAACAACAAGAUAAUCUGUGACCUGGUGGAGGAGAAGUUCAAAGGCAUCAUCUCCAUUCUGGAUGAGGAGUGUCUCAGGCCUGGAGAUGCCAGUGACAUCACCUUCCUAGAGAAGUUGGAGGACACUGUGGGAGGACACCCACACUUUGUCACUCACAAGUUGGCUGAUGGAAAGACCCGGAAGGUAAUGAGCCGUGACGAAUUCAGACUGCUGCAUUACGCUGGAGAAGUCAACUACAAUGUCAAUGGAUUUUUGGACAAGAACAACGACCUGCUCUUCAGGAAUUUAAAAGAGGUUAUGUGUAUGUCAGAGAACAAGAUCCUGACCCAGUGUUUUGACAGGGAGGAGCUGAGUGACAAGAAACGCCCAGACACAGCAGCCACCCAGUUUAAAGCCAGUCUGGCGAAACUCAUGGAGAUCCUCAUGUCCAAGGAGCCGUCGUACGUCCGCUGCAUCAAGCCCAAUGACUCCAAGCAAGCAGGUCGAUUUGAUGAGGUGCUGAUCCGUCACCAGGUCAAGUAUCUGGGACUGAUGGAGAAUCUGAGGGUGAGGAGAGCUGGCUUUGCUUACAGGCGACGCUACGAGGUCUUUCUACAGAGGUACAAGUCCCUGUGUCCAGACACGUGGCCUAACUGGCAGGGCAAACUGGCCGAUGGAGUGGCCGCACUGGUCAAACACCUGGGAUACAAGCCGGAGGAGUACAAACUGGGCAGAUCCAAAAUCUUCAUCCGUUUCCCAAAGACCUUGUUUGCCACAGAGGAUGCACUAGAGACCAGGAAACACAGUCUUGCCACCAAGCUACAGGCAGGAUGGAGAGGCUACAGCCAGAAGUCCAAAUACCAAAAGCUCAGAACCUCAGCUAUUGCCAUCCAGGCAUGGUGGAGGGGAAUCCUGGCCAGGAGGAGGGCGCAGCGCAGGCGUCAGGCCGCUGAUACUAUUCGCAGGUUCAUCAAGGGCUUCAUCUACCGCCACAAGGAGCGCUGUCCAGAGAACGAGUAUUUCCUGGAUUAUGUUCGCUACUCCUUCCUCAUGAAGCUGCACAGGAACCUGCCCAAGAACGUCCUGGACAAAAGCUGGCCUACACCUCCAGCUGCUCUCAUUGAGGCAUCAGAGCAAUUGCGUAAGAUGUGCAUGCAGAACAUGGUGUGGAGCUACUGCAAGAAGAUCAGUCCUGAGUGGAAACACCAGAUGGAACAGAAGAUGAUCGCCAGUGAGAUCUUCAAGGACAAGAAGGACAACUACCCACAGAGCGUGCCCAAACUGUUUGUCAGCACAAGACUCAAUGGUGAGGACAUCAACCCCAAGGUGCUGCAGGCUCUGGGCAGUGAGAAGAUGAAGUAUGCUGUGCCAGUCACCAAGUAUGACAGGAAAGGCUACAAAGCUCGGCCCCGCCAGCUGCUGCUCACCGGCAACAGUGCCGUUAUAGUAGAGGAGGCCAAAUUCAAGCAGCGCAUCGAUUACGGAGCUCUGAAAGGGAUCUCAGUCAGCUCUCUCAGCGACGGCUUGUUUGUUCUGCACGUACCCAGUGACGACAACAAACAGAAGGGCGACGUAGUGCUGCAGAGUGACCAUGUGAUUGAGACCUUAACCAAGAUCGCAAUCUGCGCCGACAAAAUCAACAGCAUCAACAUCAACCAGGGCAGCAUAAAGUUUACAGUGGGUCAGGGGAAAGAGGGGAUCAUAGACUUCACACCUGGAUCAGAACUACUGGUGGCCAAGGCUAAGAAUGGACACUUGUCUGUGACGGCUCCCAGACUGAACUCAAGAUGAUGGCCACUCGGACCACAAACACUCACACGGACAAACACACACACCAGGACCUAUGUACUCCUGACUUCUCCCAUCCUCCAAUCACACGACUGCAGACCCCGCUCUGCCUAAGCCAAUCAGAUGCCAGCUAUCACCACAAGGGUGGCAUGUGCUUCCAAUUUAAAAAAGAAAGAAAAAAAAAAUUACAAAAAAUAAAAUAAAUAAAAAAUUCCAGCAAAACUAAUUGAUAUAUUUAUGUUUAUAUAUUAUAUUUUUGGGAUUAAUAUGUUCUCUGUUUGAAUAUUCUGAUUUUAUAUAUGAGGCCAAGAAAUAACAGAUAUUUAGGUGCAUUUUUCUUGCACCUUUUAUUGUGCUUUAUUAGAGAACAUGACCAAGAAAACGGUAAGGGAAGAGUCAGAAUUGGAGACAACAAUGAGAAGAAAAUUGUUGUUGAUGAAAAUCAGGGUCAGUUGUUGCUUGUCGCCUCUUUUUUCCCCGUUUACUUUUUCUGCUUGACUAAAAGACUCGAUUGUCUUGCUGACCCUACUUUUCUAACUGGGGCGAAUGGCUUGUUAUUGAAGCAGGAAGUUGUGUAGAACAAGGCUGACAGUAUGUAGGAUAGCUGUUGAGAGGCUCGGGGAUGAGGAAGAACAACUUAUCAGUCAAAUGGUGAUGCUUUGGCACAAAAAGGCUGGUAGUGUCAGACUGGCUCACGAAAUCACAAUAAAUAGUUGGCUAUACUACUGAAUAUAUUUCAAAAAUCUCUAUUUGUAUAGUGUUUUAAUAAGAAGAAAGCCGAUCAUGGGGGAUUCACUACAUUAAAUCAUCAGCAUGUUCUGGAAACACUGCAAAAAUGAAAAAAGUAAGUGAGGACGUGUGUGAGGAAAAGGCAAGAGAAUGGGGAAAAGAAAGAUGAAAGUAUGCAGCAGUCAUUUGCCUCGACACCAGGUGCUUGUGCCUUUUCUCCUUGACUAAUUUAUUCUUAAUGACUCAGUUCAAGAGCCGUAUGUCAAUGUACGAAAACCAUGACACUCAACCCAAGAAUGAGUCGAGUUAAGUGUAGAUAGAAACCCGUCAUCCUCUGACUGAAGGUUGUACCAGCAGCAAAUGCCUGCACAGUAGAGUCCCUUGUUCAGAACCAUAGAACUGGCUCUGACUCGGUAGAAAGCCCCAGCAUCUCUCUCUGUAGUUGGCUACAUUUUCUCCACUCUUCCCAUUAUCUCGUCUGCGUCUGUAGCCACCUUCCUGACCUGCCUGUGGUUCUGUCUUAGAGAAGAUUAGCUUCCGUCACUCUAUGACUGAACUGGUGUGUUGGCUCCUUCUGACCAGAAGCCAAUAUUUCUUAUGUUAGUAUGGAAUAUAUCGCUCCAUUUUUACAACUGCAUGCCUAUUACACAGAGAGGAAAACUGCUAGCUAUAUAUUUUUUUGGUCAGUAAGAGCCAUAAUGUUUAAUAACAAGAUAUUCAUUAGUGAGCUUUAGGGGUGCUGGUAAGAAGAUUUUAUUACCUUUGAAAAGAGCCAGGCCAGCUGUUUCCCCACUUUUAGUCUUUAUGCUAAGCCUAGCUAAUCACAACCUGGCUGUAGCUUCAUAUUGAACAAAAAGUCAUGGGAGUGGUAUCAGUCUUCUCCUCCAACUCUCGGCCAAAAAGUUCAGAAGUUCGUCUCCCACAAUGCCAAACUAUUCCUUUAAUGCUGCAUAAUAUAAGUAUUCAGAGUUGUUCACAGAAUUCUGAGCCCUUUGGGGUCGAAAAACUUAAAUUGCCAUGCAGCAAUCUUACUUAAAUCACAUGACAACAGUUAAAUAUUUAUGCAUCCUUAUCAAAACAUCACACCAGUUCAAGUUAAAAGCCUCCUAUACACCAGUUCUACCAUUAACAUCUCUCUGUCUAAACCUAACUCUGACCUUCGACCCCCAAUUCUUCUUCAAGCCUACCGGAGAGACCAAAGACUGACGGUGAAAAAGUUGUGUUCUUGAAAACUUUUGAGAGGAGCUCCAAAAUGUUUCCAAGAUUUUUUUUGUUGUUUUGUUCUUUUUUCCCCACACCUCACUCAAUGACGGAACUUUUUCUCUGACUGGCUCUGGGCGGCGAGGCGGGUGCAGUAUGCCGAGGCAGGACCGUGCUACCGCACUUAAACUAUACUAGCCAAAGACCCUGUUGAUUUAUACUGAUUCUGUGUAUGAUUGAUAUGAUAUUAUUAUGAAUGUUAUGUUUUUUUUUUUCCAGGAGGGAGAUGUAUUUGUACAGUUUGUGUCUGUGUUAUAAAUGAGUGAUUCAAGCCAAGUGAGGUUUGAUGUGAAACAUUUGGAGAAGAAGAAGCUUUUAGUAUUGUUUGUUAACAUGUUCACGUGCCUUGUUGGAUAGCAAUACAACCGACUUGUGUGGAAAUAAAAGAAAUACCUCCUUGACAGAGUCUAGUGUUGGCUGACAAUAGUUGUCUGACUUUUUCUAAAUGUUUCCCAGCACCUAAAGGUUUGCUUUCUCUGCAUGUAUAAGCUUUAUUCAAACCAAAUCCUAAGUUUAUCUAUUGAAUUACAGAUGCACUCUUGUUACCAAUCCUGACUUGCUGUAUGCACCAAACAAAUGUAUAAUUGCGCCAACACACUAAAAAAUACGAUACUAAAGAUUUGAAAAAAUAAAUUUGAAAAGUAAAUCCAAACUGA